CAUUACAAUUUACAAACAUCGUUUUAAAGUUUACACCUCUAUUUCUAUGGAAAUAUGUAUUAAUAAAUCAAGAAUUAUCAUGAAAUUAAAUAUCAGUUUUAUCAAUUUUAAUAAAACCAUACAGAAAUUUAAUUUAUUUUAACAGUUUACAUACUUUUACUAAAAAUUGUGAGAAGAAGAAAUGGAUCCCCCAUCGCCAUGGAAAACACCAAACCAAGUUAUGCAACUGCACAAGCUUAAAAAGAAAAAGAAAGCUUUACAAGAGCGUAUGAAACAACCACUACAAUCUACUACCGAAGACACAACACAUUCUAUUAAACCUGCAAUUGAAUUAGAUUUCUCCAGAAUUCUCAAUGGUGACAAAAGAAAAAAUCCAUUUUCAAAGAAUGCUGCAGAACAAAAUAAAAAAGUUAAACUUCAAGAGGUGCCACAAUUAGAUGAAUCCAAUGACAAAACACUAUUUGCAUUAUUAAAACUACCCGCUAAACUAGUUGAAAAGCCUCCACUUGAAGUUGACACAGAGAAGUUAUCAACAUUUUCAAAUUUAUUACAAAAAUUCACGGCCGAUCAUGCUGUAGAAACUAAAAUCACAGAACAAAAAUAUAAAAAAUUGCCCAUAGAUUGGGCAUUAAAAACAAAAGUGAGAUUAAUGUCACCGAAACCAUUCCCGUGGACAACUAAAUUAAAAGCUAGUGAAGAAGCCUCUGGAAUUACAGGGUUUGUCCGUUGUCUCGACACAACAUCGUCAUCCACAUUGGACACGUCUCCACGAGCUCGCUUCCACCAGACCUGCCUCUAUUGGCAGCAUCCACACUUACCAUGGCUGAAUCUCUUCCCUCGCUCCUCUGGUAAAGUAGCCGCCACUAGCUUCAUGGCGACCAAUGAAGAAGUCAAGCAGGCCUUGCUUACGGAAUGGACAGAAAGUUUUCGGUCUUUGUUCCAGUUGCUCCGCGCCCUCCACUGCCCAUACUUCUACGUGUGCGGCAAUACAUUCACGGUACUGUUCGUCGCGGCCGGGCUGUGCGGGCUGGCCGAGCCGUGCGCGCUGGUGGCGCCCACUACGCGCGGUUUUCGAAACACGCUGAGGCAGGAAGAUGUAGAAUUCACAAUGCCCCUCCGGCCGGACUACAAGAAGAAAAUGAACACAUCAGACGAAGACCGUAAGAAUUCGUCUCACGAUAGCUGCUAUGACACGAUGGACGAAGUGAAAUCAGAAAAUAAGGAGUCGGGGGAUGAGGAGGAUCCUGACGAGUUCCUGUCGCAAAUGGGACUUGAAAGUGAGGAGCUGAAGAAGAUAAAUAACGCGCAGGCGCGGCUGGCUCACACGGCAGAGAGCAGCGUGGACAGCGCGGCGCAGUCGCUGGCGCUGGUGCGCGGCGCGGACGCGCAGGCGCUGUUCAACUUCCUGCUGAACUGCCGCUCGCUGGUCGGGCCCACGGGCGCGCUGGCCGGCGUGCCGCCCACGCUGCUCGCGCCCACCGCCUUCCACGGCGGCACGCUGCACUCGCUCAAGGUCUCUCACAACUUGCUGCUGAACUGCCGCUCGCUGGUCGGGCCCACGGGCGCGCUGGCCGGCGUGCCGCCCACGCUGCUCGCGCCCACCGCCUUCCACGGCGGCACGCUGCACUCGCUCAAGGUCUCUCACAACUUGCUGCUGAACUGCCGCUCGCUGGUCGGGCCCACGGGCGCGCUGGCCGGCGUGCCGCCCACGCUGCUCGCGCCCACCGCCUUCCACGGCGGCACGCUGCACUCGCUCAAGGUCUCUCACAACUUGCUGCUGAACUGCCGCUCGCUGGUCGGGCCCACGGGCGCGCUGGCCGGCGUGCCGCCCACGCUGCUCGCGCCCACCGCCUUCCACGGCGGCACGCUGCACUCGCUCAAGGUCUCUCACAACUUGCUGCUGAACUGCCGCUCGCUGGUCGGGCCCACGGGCGCGCUGGCCGGCGUGCCGCCCACGCUGCUCGCGCCCACCGCCUUCCACGGCGGCACGCUGCACUCGCUCAAGGUCUCUCACAACUUGCUGCUGAACUGCCGCUCGCUGGUCGGGCCCACGGGCGCGCUGGCCGGCGUGCCGCCCACGCUGCUCGCGCCCACCGCCUUCCACGGCGGCACGCUGCACUCGCUCAAGGUCUCUCACAACUUGCUGCUGAACUGCCGCUCGCUGGUCGGGCCCACGGGCGCGCUGGCCGGCGUGCCGCCCACGCUGCUCGCGCCCACCGCCUUCCACGGCGGCACGCUGCACUCGCUCAAGGUCUCUCACAACUUGCUGCUGAACUGCCGCUCGCUGGUCGGGCCCACGGGCGCGCUGGCCGGCGUGCCGCCCACGCUGCUCGCGCCCACCGCCUUCCACGGCGGCACGCUGCACUCGCUCAAGGUCUCUCACAACUUGCUGCUGAACUGCCGCUCGCUGGUCGGGCCCACGGGCGCGCUGGCCGGCGUGCCGCCCACGCUGCUCGCGCCCACCGCCUUCCACGGCGGCACGCUGCACUCGCUCAAGGUCUCUCACAACUUGCUGCUGAACUGCCGCUCGCUGGUCGGGCCCACGGGCGCGCUGGCCGGCGUGCCGCCCACGCUGCUCGCGCCCACCGCCUUCCACGGCGGCACGCUGCACUCGCUCAAGGUCUCUCACAACUUGCUGCUGAACUGCCGCUCGCUGGUCGGGCCCACGGGCGCGCUGGCCGGCGUGCCGCCCACGCUGCUCGCGCCCACCGCCUUCCACGGCGGCACGCUGCACUCGCUCAAGGUCUCUCACAACUUGCUGCUGAACUGCCGCUCGCUGGUCGGGCCCACGGGCGCGCUGGCCGGCGUGCCGCCCACGCUGCUCGCGCCCACCGCCUUCCACGGCGGCACGCUGCACUCGCUCAAGGUCUCUCACAACUUGCUGCUGAACUGCCGCUCGCUGGUCGGGCCCACGGGCGCGCUGGCCGGCGUGCCGCCCACGCUGCUCGCGCCCACCGCCUUCCACGGCGGCACGCUGCACUCGCUCAAGGUCUCUCACAACUUGCUGCUGAACUGCCGCUCGCUGGUCGGGCCCACGGGCGCGCUGGCCGGCGUGCCGCCCACGCUGCUCGCGCCCACCGCCUUCCACGGCGGCACGCUGCACUCGCUCAAGGUCUCUCACAACUUGCUGCUGAACUGCCGCUCGCUGGUCGGGCCCACGGGCGCGCUGGCCGGCGUGCCGCCCACGCUGCUCGCGCCCACCGCCUUCCACGGCGGCACGCUGCACUCGCUCAAGGUCUCUCACAACUUGCUGCUGAACUGCCGCUCGCUGGUCGGGCCCACGGGCGCGCUGGCCGGCGUGCCGCCCACGCUGCUCGCGCCCACCGCCUUCCACGGCGGCACGCUGCACUCGCUCAAGGUCUCUCACAACUUGCUGCUGAACUGCCGCUCGCUGGUCGGGCCCACGGGCGCGCUGGCCGGCGUGCCGCCCACGCUGCUCGCGCCCACCGCCUUCCACGGCGGCACGCUGCACUCGCUCAAGGUCCGCGAGAAUGUGAUCCAAUUGGACAAUAAGAAGUACUACUCAAUAGAAUUGCGCGGUCCCAUACUACCGACAACCAUACAUUCACUAUUCAACGUGCUCAAAACGACAUCGUCAGCACAGUUCAGCGCAACCUUCGCACACCACCAGCCGACACUUGCAUUCUCUUGGGCUGCUAGAAUUCUUGCUGAAGAUGAAAGCGCAAAAGAAAAUGAACCAAAUCACUUUGCAAAAGCGUUCAAAAAGGAGAAUCUAUCAGACUGCGGGAUCAGUGAAGACUUAUUGUUGCAUUUUUGUUCGUCAGAUCCGAAUUCAAUAAAAUCAUUGGACAGUGUUAAAUAUAAUGCAGAAGACGAUACUUACACUUGGUGAUAUUAUUUACUUAUGUAUUGUGUGAAUGUGCAUGAAAUAAAUAUUUUUGAAAAUCU